GUGCAAGACAGACUGCCAGCCUUCCAGUGGUACUUCCCGGGCUCCAGGGGCGAGCGAAAGCUCGGGGAGUGAGAAGGUGGACGGUUAAUGUGCAUUUGGAGAUGUCACAGGUACCGGUCGUGCCGGGAGGGGGACCUGGAGGAGGACCGCCGGGAGCAGUGCAGCAAGCCGCCGGGGCUCAGGGAGGUGGACCGCCGGGAGCAGUGCAGCAAGUCGCCGGGGUUCAAGGAGGUGGACCGCCGGGAGCAGUGCAGCAAGCCGGGGCUCAGCAAGGUGGCGGCCAGGGACCACACGGGUACAACCGCCGGGAGCCGCGGCAGGGCGAUGCCGGUGCAAGCAGACCAAGGCGCCGGAGGGCAGCCCCAGCAUGCCGGUCAACAGGAAGCUCGGCGAGCGGCGCCGGCGCCGAACUUGGCAGGGAACCAAGCCCAGCCACCGUUAUCACAACAGGCAAUACGCGACAAGAUCGCAAGCUUGGAGGCAACAGUCCAACGGUUGUCGGGUAGUGCGUCCACCGAAGCACUGAGGAAAGAGUUGUUGGACCACGCGACCAGACCGGCAGCGCUGUUCGACCCGAGGAAGGCCAUCUCCAUGAUGGAAGCGCUGGUCGACACAGCGAAGGGAGAGGGACAUAGUGAUGCGGAACAAUUUAAGUUGAUAUUGUCUCAGAUGAGACGUCAUGUAACUAAACCGUAUUUCCAAGAGCUAAUCAUUGACCAGUUUGGAGAGGGUGUAUUGAAGAAAGUAACUAAGGAUUUUCAUUCAUUUGUCAAGAGUCAUACCAGUAAAGCGAUAACAACGCAAGGGGUGAGGGGGUGAGUUUUGGACAGAAUACUACUAUGUUUGAUCAUAUGUACCACCCGUACCAGCCCUGGAAUCAAGGUCAGGUUCACGGUAAUCUUGUGUGGCCGUAUGUACCGCCUCAAAUGUCGGCAUUUUCUCAGUCUGCUUUUCCACAGGCGGCUUUUUCCCAGCCCGCAUUUCCACAGGCCACCUUUUCCACAGGCGGCGUUUUCCCAGUCAGCUUUUCCACAGGGGGGUUUUCCACAAUCAUUUUUUCAGCCACGGGGUGCAAAUUUUGACAAUAGUCGUGGUUCCAGAGCUGGUAGAGGGCGGGGAAGGGGCAGAACUGCUCGCCCACAGGACAGAUGUUUCAGGUGUUAUGGUGUGGUCAUUUUGCAAAGGAUUGCACGGUCAAUAUGGAUAAGAAAUAGAUUAUCUUGGCACAUGUAUUAAUAGUGGAAGGAUGAGAUCUAUCGCAAUGCCCGUGACAUGUUGACAACUUGGAACGGAAUGGAAUUACGAGUGUUGCCUUUGUCCUUGUUUCUAUGUGUAUAUGUACAUGUAAAAUAACUGUGAUGAUAUAAAAUGAGGAUAUUUAUAAAGAAAAAUACUUAGAAGGGGAAUUAUAUAUAUUUGGUACAAAUUACAAUGAAUAUUCAUAACAUAAUAUAUAUUU